AGGUACAUAUUAAAGAGCGCAAAUACAAUAUUUCCGCUUCUCGCUUUCUUUCUUGCAGAAUAAUCAUACAUGGUUGGAUGAGUCAGAGCAAAGGUGCCUUGAAUCGCUCCGUCAAAAAUGCUUAUCUUAGCCUAGUCAAACGCGUGCCUCAAUCAGCCGUUUCCACCGAAGAUGCCAGCAUCGUCACCAGUUCACCAAUCAACAGUGUGUUCGAAAUUGACAAUGGUAAUCGUAGUGAUCUCAGUGGCACAGUGAUGCCAAGCGACUAUAAUAUAAUCGUUUGUGAUUGGAGUGUUAUUUCGUCGAAUGUGAAUUAUUAUAGUGUUGUCGAAAUGGUGGAGGAUUUAGGACGGUUGCUUGCCGAUUUUGUUGGUUUUCUGCAUCUGCACACCGGCCUCAAUUAUAAUGACGUUUAUUUGAUUGGUCACUCGUUGGGCGCACAAAUCGCCGGUAGCGCUGGCAAGCAAGCACAUCCCUACCGCUUUAAUACGAUCUAUGCGCUCGAUCCGGCUGGUCCGAAAUUUCGUGACGUCAGCGAUGAAUUUCGCGUCGAUCCCAGCGAUGCUGAGUAUGUCGAAUCUAUACAGACUAGCAGCAGUUUGGGUUUUGAAGAACCAGUCGGUCAUGCCACCUUCUAUCCCAAUUAUGGACGUGACCAGAAGAAGUGCUAUUUUUAUGGUUGCUCUCAUCGACGUGCUUACCACUACUUUGCCGAAUCGAUUACCAGCCAACUGGGAUUUUGGGGCACACUCUGUCGCCGUCAGUCGGAUGAUGUUUGGAUAUUCUCGGAGACUGGUGUGGAAUUUCGUAUGGGUGGCGAGCCCUCUACGCCAAAGAGGGGCACAUUUUACGUAAAAACAGCAGAUAAGCCGCCAUAUGCACUGGGUCCAAAUAUACAACCGCAACGUUUAGUCACAGCUGCCAUAGAUAGUGAAACAAAUGGACGAUUCGAAGAGGAAAAUAAUUCUAUCAGCGAGUAUAAAUUUGUAUAGUUUUUAAGUGCAGAGUUUGAAUUCAAAAACUCAGUGUUGUUAAAAAGUGUAACGAAUUUAAGCAAAUAUUUAUUUUAGAACGAUUUUAUAUUAUUCUUGAGAAAAUGCAUACAAAUGUACAUAAAGAAUUUCCAAUUUUUAUUAACCCAUUACCAGAAAAUGUAAAUAUUUUGUAACUGUUUUGCUAACAUGAUGUGAUGUGAUAUAAUAAAAUGUCGUGUUGAUAUAAUAAGAAGUGA